AGCAGCGUCUGGGACACACCACAGCGGGGAGGCUGCCUGGGGCAGGGAGCGGAGGCAGGUGCGGGCGCUCCGCAGUCACAGCCGGGCUGGGAGCAGCGCAGGGAGCAGCGGGCAGAUUUUACACAAAGUGAUCUACUUCUGCAAGUCUAAUAACCAUACAACAGAAUAACACAAUGAAGGAUGAUUUCAUACAUUACACAAAAAAGGAACCACUUAGUCCCAAAUCUGCAAAUAAUGGCUAUUACAAUCCUGCUUUCCAACAUGAUGAAAUACCAGAGCAGAAUAGCGAGUUACAGAAGAACAAGAAAAAAAAGAAAAAUGAGGAGUCAAAGGAAAAGAUGGUUGGCAUUUUGAAAUUGUUUGCGUAUGCCGAUUGGCUGGAUAUCAUUUUGAUGAUAAUAGGCUUGAUUGCAGCUGUUGCAAAUGGAACAGGGCUGCCACUUAUUUUUGUUGUCAAUGGAAAGAUGACAAACAGAUUUGUGACGAUUGGCCAAGCAGUAAAUAUGUCUUCAGCUGUGAUGAAUAGUAGCUCUACUUGUCCAGUAAUGCCAGGUUUGGAUAUAGAAGCUGCA